AUGCCUUCUCCCAGGCAUGCACGAGACCAGAGGCCGCGCGGGUCGCGCGUGCCUAGCUUCUCUGAGCCUUCCGCGGAUGAGCAGUGCUGUCCCGCCGGAGAUGGGCCUGGGCAAGAACCACGGGAAACUGGAUUCUCUGCGUCUUCCGCCUCUGAGUCCACCUGUCGGCUUCGGAGCGACGAGCCGUCGGACCGUGUCGCCGCUGCCCCGGGCCAACCGAGAGAACGUCCCUGUCCUUCUCUCCCCUCGUCCCUUGCCUCUCCGGGGUCUCCCGCAUCUUCCUCUUCGUCGUCUGCAGCUGGGGCGGCCUGCAGGAGGCGCCACGUUCGUCGAAGCGCCCCAGAAGACUCUGAGCUGUCCCCUUCGCUCUGUGAGGUGAGAGGGAGCAGGUGCUGGAAAAGGCAGACUAGAGAAAAACGCUCGCCUUCCCACUCCCCGUCCUCCUCUGGACCGUCUUCCGCAGAACCGCGCCCCGUCGCACAUGCAUGCGCCUCUGCGUCUUCCUCUGCGGGCUCCGAGUCGGAGUCGGCUCUCUCCAACUUUCCCUCCGAUGCCUCUCGGUCUCCUUCGCCAGUGCACACCUCUCGCUCGCGUCUGUCGUGGGCUGCGCCGCGUUCUCAUCGGCGCGUUUCCUCCUGGCUGGACAACGCGCGGUGGGUGAGGAACUUGGAAGACCAAAAGGGGCGCGGAGAGGCUGAGAGCUCGCCCUCGGCCAGCCGCAUCGUCUUCGUCAACGCCGACCUGUGCGCGCAGGUAGCUGCACGGAUACGCAGAGCCGAGCGGAGCUCGAGGCCGAAGGCGAGCGGCGGCGAAGCCCAGGGCGAAGAACAAGGCCGGGCGAAGGUUCGUCCCGAGAGGCGCGCCGAGUUCGAGGUAUCUGAGUCAGAAGCAGGUGGACACGAGGGGAUCUCGUCAGGCACCGAGGGAACGAAGGCGCAGUUUGUGCCCAAAAAGGACAGGGAAGGACAGGGUCGGAGAGAAGCACGCUCGGGGAAUCCGCCCAAUGCCGCCGCUUCUCGCCCCUCGUUUUCUUCCGAGACGGCCCCUGCGGUUUCGCGAGGCGGCCUGGCCGAUCCACCCCAGCAGGCUGUCCCGUCCGAUCCACCCCAGCAGGCUGUCCCGUCCGAUCCACUCCAGCAGGCUGUCCCGUCUGGACCACCGUCUGAGUCUGUUCGUGCGCCGCUUCCUCUCGCUUCGUCGUCUUUCGUCUCACACGUCUCCCCGUCGCCUUCCUGCGCUACGAUCGCGCUGCCUUCUCUGCCCGAUUCCCGCGACGGAGUUUCAGCUCCAGCCGCCAGCUGCGCCGCCCCCACGCGCGGAUCUGUCUCCUCUCCGUCCGUCCCUUCGUCGACCCGGCCGCAGCCCGGUCCUGGUUCCCUUUCUGGGCGCGCCUACCGUGUGCCUUCAAAGGCUGUCCCCUCGGUACCCGUCGGUCGGUGUGCGUCCGCGGCCUACGCCCCUGUGAGCGCCUCCUUUCUGUCCUCGUUCUUCCCCUUUCAGCCGCCCGUUUUCCAGGAGACGGCGGUGCACACUGCAGGGCGGGACCAGGAUGCGUCCACGCAUCGCUACGGAUUCGGGACCGGGGCCAGUGCGGCGUCUGCGCAACGCGACUGUCUGGAGCCUUCGGCGCGGAGUGCACGGACGAGCGGGUAUGGGUCUGCGUCGCGCAAAUGCCCCGAGCCGUCCGACGUGGGAUCCAUUGGCGAGGAGAGCGACGCUUCGUAUCUUCAGACGCGGAGACAUGGGCGACGUGCCGACGUCACGGCCUUUCUCAACGAGUUGUAUCAACAGACGCAGAAGCGGAGCGUCUUGCCGUUCCAGCUCUUUCUGCGCAAAUCCACGACGCUCUUUUGCACUUGCUGGGGCCUCAUCCUCGUCGCCCUCGGCCUCGGCGUCCUGUUCCUCUCCGGGAGGAGUCAGGAGUUUGUCGUCCCGUACGACAGCGGCGUACGCGCGACGGCUCUCUUCCAAGUCCCGGACCAGAUGUCCCCCCCCGUCUACGUCUACUACCGGAUCAACGACUUCUACGGAAACUACCGACCCUACCUCAAAGAUGGACCCGCAUCCGUCAGCACCAGCUACAAAUGCGAUGUCGUCUUUUCGCAACGCCAAGCUCUCGACUUCCGAACCUUCAACGGGAUCCUCACGCUCCCCUCGCUUCUCGACGGUGUGGACGGCCAACCGAUCCCCGCCGAUAGUCCGCGGGCGUUUCCCUGCGGUAUCCAGAGUGUGUCUAUGUUCAACGACAAGUUCUCCUUCCACCGCGCCAUGGCCAAGAACGCCACAGAGGAAAUCUCCAUCGUCACAGACGACGUGGCCUACCACUGGGACUUCAGCCGAUUCAUGCUGCCGAAUUCGACGUGGGAGAAGCUCGGCGCCGUGCCGUGGAUCCUCCCGAGCGACGACCGCUUCCGCGUCUGGAUGCACCCGCCGUUCACGCCCUCCUUCCAGAAACUCUACGGCGUCAUCCACAGCGCGCUCGAACCGGGCGACAAGUAUUUCCUGCGUUUUUCGGAAUCUCGCUGGCCCGCCGAGGAGUGGCAAGCGACGAAGGCGAUCGUGUUUGUGACGCUCGCUCCGUUUAUCGGCGGCGCGAACUACCCGCUCGGCUACGCGUGCAUCGCAACAGGCGGUUUCUGCUUACUGGGAGUGAUUCUCCUGUGGCUCUUCUACUGGUGCGGCAUUCGCUUCACGAGCAGAACAGUGAGAGAGACGGAUAUGGAAGCUGUGAUACGCCAGGCCGAAGGAGACGACGGUGAAUUCCCCUGCGCGGGUGCUGCUUCCCGGGGCGUGGAUGGCGCGGGCGUCGCGACGGGGGGCGACGGCCCUACGGGACGCAAGAUCAUCUCAGGGAGCGACGCGGCCGCGGGAGCGCCGUUCGUGGAGAGGAAUUUCCCCAAGCCGAUUGCAUGCGUUUGCCCGUUCCACUGUCCCUGGCCCGACGAGGCGGGCGGUAGCGGAAAGAAGCCGAAGCGAGGAAAGAAGCGGGACGGAAAGGCACACAAGGAUCCUCUUCUGCAGCUGCCAGCAGCAGGUGGCCGAGGGCGGAAGAAGAGAGGGGAAGGCAAGCGGGGGAAAGACUCGAGUGUGUCUUCUUCCGCUCGUCUCGGCGAGGAGAGCAGCCAAGUGCUGGAUUCUGUCGAAGAAGACGGGUCGGAAUGCAGCUUCGCAAACAUCAGCGAGACGCCCUCGGAACAGCCGUCGAACGCCGGGGCUCCAGAGGCCGGAGACAGUCCAGAAGCCGGAGACAGUCCAGAGGGCGAAGCGCACUGGCUGAAGUACCACGUCUCGGAACUGCCAGAAGAAAGCGAAGUGGAGCCCGCAGAGGACGAAGUCGAACGGCCCAAGGGCAUUCUCGCCAUCGAGCAAGACUCCGACGGGACUGCAGGCGAGGCGCCCGAAGAAGAUCCAGUUCCCGAGUAG